AUGGACGGUAGAUUGUUUGAGGCAGCUCGAACAGGCAGUGUCAGUGCGUUACACCAACUGCUUGCUGAAAACCCAUUGGUUCUAGCUGGUUGUGCUCUCAUAUCUCCUCAUGAGAACCCGUUACACGUUGCUGCUAAGGCCGGACAGCUUGCUUUUGUAAAGGAAAGAAUUAAACAGAGGGACGUAUUGACAUAUAAUACCAUUUCAUCAGCAAACCAAGAUGGGUUUCGGCCACUGGACAUUGCUUCAGUUCUUGCGCAUGUCGAAAUAGUGGAAGAAAUCAUAACGACUUGCCAUCCUGAUGUUUGCCGUCUCAAAGGGACCCAUGGAAGAACAUGUAUUCAUCAUGCUGCUAUAAAUGGAAGGGUUGAGAUUAUUGAUAAAUUGCUUACCUCUUGUGGUGACUCUGUUAGAGAUCUGACAUCUCUCGGCGAAACUGCUCUUCAUCUGGCUUUGAAAAACUAUAAACUUAAAGUUUUUACAAACUUGGUCAAAUGGCUGGAAAAGCUUGGCUUGGAAAAAGAGCUCGUGAAUUUUAGUGAUAGAGAUGGAAACACAGUUUUGCACCUGGCAGUCUGUAGGAAACAACUUGAGGCAAGUUGA